AUGGCUGUGCCGAGCAAACGCUUACGACAGAAGGCGACCGUGGAGCCCGAUGCAGGAGACAAGAAUCCCGGCAUGCUGAAGAGCCCCAACCCUCGAAAGCUGAAAAAGGCGAAGGCCGAGUUGAAAGCUGUGGAGGGGCUAGCUUCGGCAAGCUCAACGACGGCGAGCUCCCCAGGGAUCUUGAAAAGAUCGCCCUCUGUGGAUAAGAUUGCUAAGAAGCUUAGCUUUGGGACACCGACGGUGCACUCGAUCGAAGCCAGCAACACCCCGAAGACGACGAAGAUGAGCCCCGAACGUGCGAGGGAAGUUCUUGAGGCUAUCAAGGUAGCCCAGGGCAGCGAGUCCAGCGAGGACGAGAAGCACACGGCGGCAGAGACGACCAAGGCUGAUGCUGUCGCAGCCAAAGCCAAGCAGGCCAACAACAAGAAGAAGACGAUUUCGGACGAGGAUGCCGACAACAUCAUCCUGCAGUGGCAACAGCAGCAGCAAGCGCAGACGAGUGACAACGACGAUGACGGCGAAAGCGCGAGCGAACCGGAUGAGGAGCAAGCCUGCUCUGGGGAUGAAGCUUCAGAGGAAAGUGAGGAUGAAGAGCAAAGAUCGAAUGGCGAGGCAAGCGAGCAGGAGGAUCCAGCAAAGGAUUCCGAAGUGGAUUCGGCACCGGCGGCAGAAUCGGGAGCAAGCGAGCCCGGGGAUACGACGGAUGGCAGCGAGAUCGACGAGUCCGAAUGCUCGAGCAGCGCGUUGGAUUCUGAUGAAGGCUUAACCUCCGGCUCAGAGCCACCGAGCUCCGAGGAGGCCAAAAAAAUCAAGACGGCUGCUGCUGCCGCCAGCGACGACAGCGAGUCCGAGAGCGAAGCCGAGGCGAACAGGAAGCCCACAAAGACGACCGAGAAGGAGAAGACCAAAGAGGAAAAGCGACAGAAGCAGUCCCAUCGGGAGACGAUCAACGGCGACAAGCGACGCACAACGACCGAGACGAAGACCACCAAGGAGGAGACGCGACACAAGACUGCCGAGAAGCAGACCACCGCCGACGAGAAGCGACACAAGACGGCCGAGAAGGAGACCACCAAAGAGGAGAAGCGACACAAGAUUGCCGAGACCACCAAAGAGGAGAAGCGAGACAAGACUGCCGAGAAGGGGACCACCAAAGACGGCAAGCGAGACAAGACGAGCGAGGACACCACCAAAGACGGCAAGCGAGACAAGACUGCUGAGAAGCUGACGACCAAAGAGGAGAAGCGAAACAAACAGGGCGACAAGGAGGCCACAAAAGAGGAGAAGGUACGCAAGGACGGUGAGAAGAAGGAAAAGAAGGAGAAAAAGGCAAGCAAGGACAGGGAGGCGUCGUCCGACCAGGAAGCGGAGGAGGACGAGAAAGGCGGUUUGGCCAGCGCUGAGAAAAAAGCCUUGGCCGUGCCCAACAGCUCCAGCCACAGGAAAGAGUACAUGCGCUUCAAGAGAUGGACGAAGUCCAAAAAGAGGUUUCCAGCAAAGCUUCUGAGCACGGUUCAGACCCAGGACAAGGAGUCAUCAACCGUGAAGUGGGGCUUCCGCCCGGAGAAGUGGCUUCAGGAUCGCCGCGGCGAUCGGAAAGCAGAGAAGCUGAUGGAGCGCAAGAAGGCGCUGGGCUUGACGAUUCCUGAUCCUGAGCUCCCUGCUGACAGUGGGGAAGUGCUUUACUUCGUGCUGUUGGAGAUGGAUUUCGCUAACAUCCAGGAGGUUGCAAGGAUUACCCAGCUGGAGAUGAAGGGUGGGAUCGACAAGGGCGGUGGCAUCCUCGAUCCCGCCAUGGUCCUGAAGCUCGUGGACUUUGGCUCCGGAGCUCCGCUCAACGGGGGUGGAGCCCAAGACCCCAUUGCAAAAAGCCGAAGCCCGCAUGAGCAAAACAUUGAAAGAUUCGGGACCUGGGCCUUCAAGCUACGCCCCAUCCAAAUGAGCUCAACCUUCAUCAAGCAGUUGGAAGAAGUCAGCGCGAAGCUGACAGAUGUGGCGGCUCGGAUCCAGCAGCUGACGAACAAGAAGAAGAACAAGAACAAGUACUAUGUGCACGUGUGCAAGGAGGCUGACGAUCUGAGUAAGGUGGCCGAACGAAGAAUCUCUUUGGCUAAAGCCCUGGUGCGAGCCAGCACUGCCAAGCCCAAGGCCAAAGCAAAGGCUGUCGCGAACGGCACUGUCACAGCGCAGUCGCCUGGGUCGGCUAAGUGA